ACCGCAGCCCGCACAUUUGGGCGUUGAGAGUCUUCUUCAGUUGUAGUCGUCCAGACAAAGGCGAAGGAAGGAAUCUUCGGUCAGUUCGAAACUGUUUGGAGCACUUGAGCACAGCUUGUUGGUUGAACGUGAGGCUUGGCUUGCUGCUGCGCGAAGAUGUCGGUGUCGGUGUGGACGGACGGUGAGUGGGAGGGACAAAGGGGGAGAGGAGGAGAGGGGGGAUGCGAUGUGCCCUUCUGUAUCCCUGCUGUCAUUUUGCCUUGUGUCCCCUUGUCUUGUCUGUGUGCAGGUGCCUGCCUUGGCAAUGGCACGGGGUACCCUCGCGCUGGAUGGGCCAUUUGGUUUGACGACAAUGACGCCGAGUAAGCGAGAGAAGGAACAGAGCACAAGAGAGAGGUUGUGCGUACCUGCGGCUUCCCCUGUGUGUGUGUGUGUGUCUUCUGCAGCAAUGACCUCAAUCGCUUGUACGGCAAGCAGACGAACCAGCGUGCGGAGAUGUUUGCUGUCAUCAAGGCACUCGAGGCGUGCAGGUACGGUCCUGAUGGCACAUCUAACACUCAUGUGCCACAUCACUCGGGCGCACGUCUGCGGCGCGUGCGGUGUGGGUGUGCAGGGAUGACCUGCGUUAUCCCCUGGUCGUCUACACGGACUCCAAGUACACGAUCGACUGCAUGUACAAGUGGCUCAAGAAGUGGAAGAGCAACGACUGGACCAACGCGCUAGGAAACGUAAGCUCUCCCACACGCGCACCCCACCUGAACCCCUGCCAGCCGGAUCGUCUCUGUGUUGUGUCUGUGUUGUUCAAUCAGGACGUUGCCAACCAGGACCUGAUCAAGACGUUGGACUUCCUCAUGCAGGCAGGCAGAGCACCACGAAAGAACAUCAGACGUACGACACCGACUCUCUCUCUCUCUCUUGUGUGUGUGUGUGUGUGUGCCUGUGCGUGUCAGGAGCGUGAGAAUUCUUCCUGGGUGUGCACGUUGUGCGGCGCCACGAACGGCGGCGUGACCCUCGAGCACGUGCCUGCCCACAGCAACAACAAGGGCAACGAGGAGGCCGACCUCAUGGCCAAGCACGCCGCCCAGUUCUACGACGAACCCUACGACCAGGACGCCAUCAUCCGCGAGUGCCUCGACCAGUACGACGACUAGAUUCACACAUAGAUAGAUCCAUGCAGCAAACUGAGGUUGGGAGGGGUGGGAGGUGGCUCAUGGGGCGGGGAUUGGGAGGGUCGGGGAGGUUUGGGGGGGCUGACCUGUAUACGUACGAUAUUGAUAUCCAAUCCAUAGAUGUGUAUUGUAGGUGAUGUGGGGCGCUCUUGUGCAUAGGUAGGUAUCUGUCCAUAGGAUGGAUGUGUAGAUUUGUCCAGCCGUAGUCCAGGCAUCUCACCGCACCGCACCGCACCGCACCGCACCUUGCCUCCACUCCACUUGCGCACACAAACACGCAGACACACACACACACACACACAGGUACACACGGGUGGGCGUGUGGGCGGGUGUUCCCGUCUUGUCGAUACCUUUUUUGUCGACAGAGGGUGUGUACUGACUGACUGACUCUGACCGAGCACUGCGGUGCUGGUUUGAUAAGGGAGCGAGCGGGCUCGGCUCGUGAGGGAAGGAACAGAGAGAGAGCGCGUCAAGCCAUGUCAAGCCAUGGAAGCUGGCAUGAUGCCGCUCUGUCAUGUAUGUGUGGCUAAUGCGCUAAUGUAGUGCAUCGCUCACACAUCUCUGUGGGCGCCGAGAGCGGUCGCCGCACCCCCUUUGACUGACUGAGACAUGACUGACGUGGCUUGUGCGACUGUCACGCAUACAAUGCGAUGGCGAUGAACUCGCAAAGUGAAGAGUGUGUCUCGUCUGUCGUUCUGCACCACGAGUGCAUCGAUACAACGAGCCGGCCCGGAAGGGCAAACAGAGCCGUGUGCCACUCGUGGCGGCGGACUCAUGAAC